CUUGACAUGACAACACAUUAACAUAUUUAAGACAAGAAUGUCCACACUCAAACAGCGUAAAACGGCAGCUGCCGAGGGCGCUGCAACACCUGCGCCACACGCUCCAGAUCAGCCCGUAGAGAAGGAUGCGGCCCCUGCGAAGAAGGAGCAGGCGCAGAAGGCUGCAGGCGCACAGAAAACAUGGCUGCAAUUCCUUGGGGAGCACCCUGAAAUUUGCUUGACCCUCGUCUGCACUUUACUUUGUGCGGUCACGCUGUGGUACCUGUCGCGGGACGACGGCAAGCCGCGCCUGUUUGACCCGGAGGCGCUGAAGCUGUAUGAUGGCAAGAAGAACGCGCCCAUGUACCUGGCCAUCCUGGGUUCGGUGUUUGAUGUGACCAAGGGGAGGAAGAAGUACGAUGGCGAGAAGGGCUACGGCUUCUUCAUUGGCAAAGACGCCACGCGGGCUUUCAUCACCGGUGACUUCAAGAACGAUCUAAAUGACCAGAUUAAGGACUUCACACCGGAGCAGUAUCGCUCGCUGGUGGAGUGGCGCAACUUCUACCACAAGGAGUAUAUCUUCAAGGGGUACGUGGUGGGGGCCUUUUACAACCAGGACGGCAAGCCCAACCGCAUCCUGCGGCGGGCGGAGGAGCAGGCGGUGAAGGCGAAGAGUGAGGAGGAGGCCAUGGCCGAGAUUGAGCGGCAGUGGCCUGCCUGCAACGUGCGCUGGUCGGAGGCGGAAGGCGGCACGGUGUGGUGUGACGGCGGCGCCUACCCGCGCAAGCUGUUCGGGCAGCUGCCGGGCGGCAAGCCCACCACCCGCUGCGCCUGCUUCAAGGAGCUGGGCUGGAGCGACCUGCGCCAGGUCUACCCCGGCUGCGCGCCGGAUGCGACCACAUGCAAGGUCGAGCAGGAGAAGACCAAGGCGUGAGCGGCCGUGGGCAUGGGUGAUGGGUGCAACCGGCCCGUGUGUACAGUAGUUGGCGCGGGGACACGUCCCGGAUUCAGCGGCUUUAUGGUUCUAAACGGUGAAGGGCAAGGGCAGUACCAAAUCGAACUGAGCCUUGCCAUGUGGGAGUCAGAGACGGCCGGGGCGCAGGUGUGGAUGGCUGGUGGCGUGAGAGGAGUGAGUGCUGGUCAGCAAGUGGGGACGUGAUUUCCUGGAGGAGCGUAUGAGAGAGCGCAUGUGGGUUAUGGAGGACGCGAGACUGAAAGUGGGUAAUGAGGAUCGGAUCCCGCUUAUCUUGCUGUGUAUGUGUAAACAUGGAGACUG